UUGAGCAAAGUCGAAGUUCUGGCCGUUUGUUUCCAUGCUGAGAAUUCUUGCACAUGAAAAACGAGAACGAUGAAAAUCCACAGUGCGAACUUUGUCAACUUCUUCCGGCUCAAGGCCGCGCAACAAUAAAACGACUUUAGCAGCAAUGUAAUGCGACUUGAGUCACCCCGAGAAUUCCUCUUAUUGUGUCCGGAACAUGGGCAAAUCUAUCCUCUGCUCUAGGUCGAGCCGGAUGCUUUGUUCAUCCUUUUUGUCAGUAUCUUUUCUUUCCGUCAUGAAUCUACUCGGUCAAAGGGACAGUGAUGCGAAGUCGGCUCUUAUUCGCACCACUAUCAGCACUAUAAUAAAUUUGACUAAUUCAGUAGCUGUUGGACCAUUCGAACACAGACUGUUAAGUCGCGUCUAG